GUUGUAAUUUCACAAAGUUGAAAAGAAAAACACUGUCCCUUAUUACCCCCCUCUCUCUCCUAGAAUCAAGAAAACACCCGUAUUUCUCUCACUAUGAUUGAGUGAAUCAGACAGAUUUGUUGCAAAGUUCAUCUUACCAAGAACACCAACAUCCCAUAAACGCCUACUAUCGCCUAUUUGUUGGAGAAUUCCUAAGACUUCUGUUCAUUUUCAUUCACUAAAUUAUGGUGGUUGUGAUGAUGAUCUUGGAGAUCCCCUCAUCUUGGUUCUCUGAUGAACCAUUGAUGAAAUGAGGGAAAGAAUUUAAGCCAAGAGAGAAGAUAGAAAAAGAACCCAAAAGUUGAGGUCUUUUUGCCAAUUUUCUCACAUACCCAGAUAGAAUUUCUUGCUGAUCUCAACAUUGCAAAGAUGAGGAAACAUGGAUGGCAACUUCCCUACCAUCCUCUUCAGGUGGUAGCUGUUUCUGUAUUUUUGGCAUUGGGUUUUGGUUUCUAUGUGUUCUUUGCUCCAUUUGUGGGGAAAAAGAUGUAUCAGUAUAUUGUGAUGGGGAUCUACACUCCUCUUAUUAUAUCUGCAUUCGGCCUGUAUAUAUGGUGCGCUGGUGCGGAUCCAGCAGAUCCAGGAGUUUUCAAGUCUAAAAAAUAUCUUAAAACACCAAACAACAAAACGGGUGGUAGAGUUAAAGAAUCCAAACUUGGUGGGGAAUCGACGUCAUCAAUACAAGAUGCAAAUGCUGCAAGUGUUGGAGAGAAAUCUCCAAUCAAGAACACAAAGAAUCAAGAUUCAAAAACAGAAGAUAAUGUGUCUGAAACCGAAAAGGACACGCCAAAUUCGUCUUGUUCUAUGGCCGUCUUGGCUUUGGUUCCUUGUGCUUUGAUAUGCCAUUGCUCGAGUCCAGACGAUGAAUCUUCUGAACUUCAAACAAGCGAAGAUGGCAUGUUCUACUGUAGUUUGUGUGAAGUUGAGGUUUUCAAAUACAGCAAGCAUUGUAGAGUUUGUGACAAAUGCGUUGAUCGAUUUGAUCAUCAUUGCAGGUGGCUGAAUAACUGUGUAGGAAAGAAAAACUACCGAAAGUUCUUUACUCUUAUGGUCUCUGCUCUUCUCCUGCUUAUACUUCAGUGGUCAACCGGGAUUGUGGUCUUGAUCUGCUGUUUUCUUGAUCAUAAGAGAUUCAGCUUAGAUAUAGCUACCAAGCUCGGAAGCAGUUUCUCGUUGGUGCCUUAUGUUAUAGUCGUGGCGGUGUGCACGAUUUUGGCUAUGAUCGCAACGCUACCACUUGUUCAGCUUUUCUUCUUUCACAUUCUUCUAAUAAAGAAGGGAAUCAGCACAUAUGAUUACAUCAUAGCAUUAAGGGAGCAAGAACAGCAAGGACUCGGUGGGCAGCAAAGUCCUCAAAUGUCACCGGCAAGCUCUAUCACGGGAUUAAGCAGUGCGAGCUCCUUCAAUACUUUCCGUCAAGGAGCUUGGUGUACGCCUCCACGUUUGUUCGUUGAAGAUCAGUAUGAUGUAGUUCCACCAGACACUGGUUCUGUUAGCUCACUGGGGAAGAAAACAGUAGAUGAGCCCAUGAAGAAAAAGAACCCCACAGCCGUUAAAAUCAGCCCGUGGACUUUGGCCCGUUUGAACGCAGAGGAGGUUUCGAAAGCUGCAGCAGAAGCCCGAAAGAAGUCCAAAAUCCUACAGCCUGUGUCGAGAAAAGAUGCCCCACAGAUGGGGCCGUAUGGGCUCGAAAGAGACAGCAGCCUUGGAAGCAGUGAACGACGGUUGUUCUCACGGAUCGACAAUAACAAUAACCGAAGGCGUGGAAGUAAGCGGGUCCGUCUUCCAGAACACGGGUUACCCUUGGAACAACCACCAUCAAACCACAAUAUGGGAAACGAUAGCGUGACAGGUGGGGAUCUUUCGAGUUUGGUGCCUCUGCAGCUCGAAGCUCGUAGCGUUUUUCGACCCAUGUCCGGUUCUACCGGUAUCAUCGGCUCCUCACCUGACAGUAGCCUAGACUCAUCCGAUAUUCACCCGGUUAGGAUCUCGUCAGGAGCGGAAGAGGCUAGGAAGCUCCCGUUUUCUGGUGCUCAGGGAGUCAUGCCACUGUCUAGAUCGACAAGUGAUGGUUAUGAUGCAUCCGGUGGGGAAGAUAGUGAUCGAGUCCCGUCUCGGCUGGUGCAACGGUCCGGAAACUGGAGUGCACGGCUGUUUGGCGCUGAACAUGAUGAGCGGAUUGCAAGAUUCAAGAUGGCAUCAUCUUCAUCAUCCAGCUAUCAAAACGAAAGAAAGCUGUGAAUGCAAUUUUUUUGAUUUGUUAGGUCAGGAGGACUUUCCGGAUUCUUGAACUCAGGGUUUUGUGAACCGGUAACGGGAAAUCGGAAGUUAUCGGUUUGCCGGAGUUCUAGAAAUGACUCUCAACUGAGAAAACAUUUGUUUAUGUAAACAAGAUUCAAGUCAUUGGCCAUGUUUGUGAAUAUAUUGCUCAAAUGGCAACCUUU